UGGAUGUCCUAAUCUGAGAUUUCUAAAUUUUAUAGGAAUUUUUUUGUCAUUCUCCUGUGAUCUUAAAUUAAGAAAAGAACUGGAGUGACUUUUAUUAGGCGCGGCGUCAAGGAAAAUUGAGGCCGUAAAUCGGAAGUGGCUCCGUCUGAUGCUGUUAGUUUUUUUUCUUUCUCUCACCUUUCAUUCCUGAAUUCCCUACUGCUGUCUUUCUUUCAUCUUUAAGUUAUUGGUGAUUUGGUGUUCGAAGGUGAAGUGUGAUGGAUUCGACUUCGGAUCAGUCCGAAUUCGAUUAUCUGUUUAAGUUGUUGAUGAUUGGGGACUCAGGGGUUGGGAAGAGUAGUUUGCUCCUGAGUUUUACUGUUGGUACCUUUGAAGAUCUCACUCCCACAAUCGGUGUUGAUUUUAAGGUCAAGCAUGUCACUUUGGGUGGGAAAAGGUUGAAGCUUGCCAUUUGGGAUACAGCUGGUCAAGAGAGAUUCAGAACACUAACAAGCUCUUACUACCGAGGGGCACAGGGGAUCAUCAUGGUUUAUGAUGUCACUCGACGAGAGACAUUUACGAAUCUAUCUGAAAUAUGGGCAAAGGAAAUAGAUCUCUAUUCAACAAAUCAGGAUUGCAUCAAGAUGCUUGUUGGGAAUAAAGUAGAUAAGGAGGGUGAUAGAGUUGUAUCUAAGAAAGAGGGAAUAGACUUUGCCCGGGAAUACGGAUGCUUAUUCAUUGAAUGCAGUGCUAAAACUCGAAUCAAUGUGCAGCAGUGUUUUGAAGAACUUGUCUUGAAGAUUCUGGACACGCCUAGCCUCUUAGCCCAGGGUUCAAAGGGGCUUAAAAAGAACAUUUUUAAUGACAAGCCUCCUCAACCUGCUGGAGCCACUAGCAAUUGUUGUUGAUGUUUUUGCACUCCACGUCAUCAGAAUCGGAUUCUUAACACGUUUAUUCAGUGUUUAGCGGCUGCACAAGUCGUCAUUCACAUUUCAACAUCUUUUCUUUUAAUCAUUCCCAGAAAUAUGAUAAGGAUUGUUUUAUGCC